CCAGGGCCGCAUCGCCCGGCCGGGCUGCCAUGGGGGAUCGGUCAGACCGAGCCAAGGAAACCCCCCCCGAGCAGAGUGCGAGCUAAAAAUGGACAAUUCCUUCGUGGAAGAAGUGGCCGCAUCUCUGGUGAGAGAAUUUCUCAGUAGAAAGGGUCUGAAGAAAACCAUCAGCACCAUGGACCGGGAGCUGCCACGUUCUGCACUCAGCAUCAAUAACAGGAACGAGCUUCGAAACGUCCUGCAUUUGCACUCCCUGUACAAACAGAACAAGGCCAAGGAGAACCCUCUGAAAACACUCCUUGAAAUCAUUACUAAUUAUUUCCUUGAGCACCGUGGAACCUCCAGGAGUUCAAGUUCUGCACUGGCAGCAUCUCAAAGUAAAAGCUCAGCAUCCCAUCCACCUGACCUCUCAGAUGAAGAACGUGCAUGUGGAAAUGCCAGCCUGCCUCAUGACAGCAAAACUCAAACCUUCAGACACGAUGUUGAGAAUCCACCUGAUAAAAUCCUUCAAUUCAGAAAACAUCAACACAAAAGUGAAAAAUGCCAGGCGGGGACGAUAUGCAACAGCCACUUAACCUCUGAUGGGGAUAAGAAGUUAAAGGGUAGUCAAGAGGAUUUAAAAUCAGCAGUGAUUUCUGAAGAGCUGCAAGCCACAGUGAAGGACAAGCAGAGGCCCAGGUCUGGUCUCAUUGUCAGAGGCACGAUGGCUGGACCAGGAGCAAGUUCUCCAGAGGAUCAGCAGAGAAGGAGGUCAAAACGCUCCACCAGCAUCAGUAGCACAGCACUGCUCAAGGGUGAAAAACACGAGGAAAAUGAGCCGAGUGCCCCAAAAGUCGAUUCCCAAGACAAUAAAGGAUGCUCAGCACAAGUAAACCCAGAGAUUGCCUCAAGGACUUUGUCAAGUUCGCAUGGGAGUUCAGCUUCUGAAAAGCUAAGGAGCAUCUCCAAGGAUACCUGUGACUCUUUUAUCAAACUGCUGUCCGAAAGAGGGAGGACCAAGAUGGAGGAAAGGAAAUCACUGCCAAGCUUUUGUACAGACAGCGGUGAGAAAAGCCUUAAAGUCAGUGCCCUGCACAGACAUUCAGGGACUGGAAGGGAGAAGAGAGAAAAGGCCCUCAAGAAAAGUGAGAGCUGGUUAUCAGGUCACAGGAAGUCCCCAACAUCCACUUGGAAUAAAGAAGAGCAGAUGAAAGAUACCCUAGAAUUAGUUGAUGUUGAGGAUGAAGCAACAACUGGAGAAGUCAGUAGGAACCUGAAUCUUUCAGCACUGCACGUACUUCAAGAAGCGUCAAAGGCGAUCGAUAUUUCUCUUGCAAAAGAAUUAAAAAAUCUUCUGUUUGGCUCCAGUCUUUGUUGCUUCAGUGAAGAAUGGAAAAUACAGAGUUUUACAUUUAAUAACAUACCUCAGUUAAAAUAUGGCAUUGUACAAAAAAAGGGUGGCCCAUGUGGAGUACUGGCAGCAGUUCAAGCUUGUGUUCUACAGCAGCUUAUCUUUGGAGACAGUAACAGGAAUAAGGAUGCUCGCUGUCUCCAGCCCUCAGAAGCUCACAGGACCAAAUGCCUCACCAUGGCUAUUGCAGACAUCUUGUGGCGUGCAGGAAGCAAUGAGAAAGCAGUUGUGGCACUGCCGUCAGGAAGACAGCAGUUCACUCCCAUAGGAAAAUAUAAGGCAGAUGGAAUCUUAGAAACUCUAAUCCUGCAUAGUGCCACAAGAUAUGAGGAUCUGAUUGUACUUCUUCAGCAGAAUAUUCACCAGUUUGAAAUUGGUCCCUGUGGGUGCAUCCUUCUGACCGUGUCCGUCAUCUUAUCGAGAUCCAUCAAUCUGGUGCGCAAUGACUUCGACGUCCUCACGAACCGGCUGAUCGGCAGCCACGGCUACUGCACUCAGGAAUUGGUGAACUUGCUGUUGACUGGCAAAGCUGUGUCCAAUGUUUUCAACGAUGUGAUAGAGCUGAAUUCUGGAAAUGGAAACAUCACCAUUCUGAAAGGCAUCACAAGCCGCAGUGACAUUGGGUUGCUGUCUCUUUUUGAGCACUAUGACGUCUGCCAGGUCGGUUGUUACCUGAAGACUCCUAAAUACCCAAUUUGGUUGGUAUGCAGUGAGAGCCACUUCAGUGUGCUUUUUUGUCUGGAAAAGGAUUUACAAGGCGACUGGAAAACCGAGCGGAGGUUUGAUCUCUAUUAUUACGAUGGCUUGGCCAACCAAGAAGAAGAAAUACGAUUAACAGUUGACACGACUCAGAUGUGCACGGAAGAUAAAGAAAACGAUCUUACUCCUCCACUUGAGCACUGCAUUAGGACAAAGUGGCAAGGAGCUGUUAUUGACUGGAAUGGCACAGAACCAAUCUUGUGACUGACCCGACCUGCACUUUAUUUGCAAGAAAAAAAAAAAGGAAAUGACAGAAUUAGCACAUUCCUAUUCCCACCAAUACAGGAAAUAGGGCAGGAGUUCUGUGCCACUCAUGGUGAGGAAGAAUGACAUGGCUGUGUGCAGGCUGGAAGAACGUCACCUUGUUCGCCUCAUGCUUUGGAUAUCUUGCUUACAAUGCAAGCAACACUUAGAUAAAUUCUUUGUUGAUGCCUUUAAUGUACAGUUUCAAUGUGUAGACUGAGAGUCUCCAAUGUCCAGUGACGGUUACGGGUAAAGCAGUGGAGUUGCCUAUGUCCCCUCGAGGUCCCUUUCUGGAUCAUCUCUGUAUCCUGCAAUUGUUCCCAAAAAUCUGAUGAAAGGAGCCGAGCUGCUAUUUCUGUCCCUGUUUUGCCUUCCUGUACUGCCUCGUUCUUCACCUGCAACACUCCAGUGCCAGGAUGAAACAUCAUCCAAGAAAUAAAUAUUCACUUCAUUGCCAUAUAUUACUAAAUUCAAAUCUAAGGCUGAACCUACUGGUAACCAUAUGGGCUACAGUUUACUUACUAGGCUUUAUUUACACCAAAGUGGCCAAUAAGUUCUGUGAUUUGCUGCUUCAUCAUUGCAAGAAAACAGAAGUGAUGUUAGAUGGGAAAUGUGAAGGGCACUUGUCUGUGAUAUUUACUGUUCUACAUGAUUAAAUAAAGUGCGUGUGGGAAAAUGGUGUACAGUGGAGAUGUAAUACCACGAGGUACCAGAACAGCAGUUUGUAUUCUGAAAUGAACUUUUUAAGUGACAUAUUUUGGCAAAAAUUUACCAAAAUUGGAACGAGUUACUGUACUGAAGAUUGGAAGAAGUGGCUUUGGAAAAUAUUAAUUGCUAAUGGACAAGUUGCAGAGAAACAGUGUUUCUAGAAUUAUUUUUAUCUUUUGGGAGUGCAAACAUCAUGGGAGUUUCAUAACAGACUUUUAAUUUUAUCACAGCACUCUCUUACUAGUCAGUAUGCAAACCUCUCUGAGCCCAAAUGAACCACUUGCUGUUUUCAAAAUCAAUUUCCAUCAGAAAUUCAGUGUUCUACUCCGUGGAGCUGGCAGAUACCAAGCUGCCUCUGCAGAUACAAAUCUCAGGGCACGUGAGCUAGAUUUGGAAACCAACCUGUGCACGCUACCAGAAAACAUGAGAUAGUCUGUGAGUAAGCAUCAGGCCCUGCUUUGCUUCCUGCACUCAUCAAACUGUCUACACGUGGUAAAAUAUCUCAGCGCUGCGGUCGUUUUCAUUUUAUGUGAUGCUGUAUAAUGAAAUUUGUUUGUUUUAGGUCAGAUAGGCAAACUUCUUUCUGUGAACUUGGUGAGAUGAAUAUCUCCCUUUCAGCCUUGGCAUCAUGGAGAGCAUCAGAUCUGAGCCCAUUCCCAAUUCCCUGUGGGCACACUACGUGACCUUUGCCAGCUCCCUAUGUUUCACUGUACGUAGGGGGAUGUUUGCACAGCCAGCUGCAGGUGGACUCAAGGCUGCCUUUAUGAUGCACACCUCAACUGACCUUUAAGAUCUCCAUUUUCUGGAUCCCAAACAUUCAAAGAUCCCAGUUUGGCACGGCUUGGACCUUGGAGUCAGCCAGGCUACCAGCUUGAAUUAAACACCUUUUUGUCUUGAAUUUUCUUAUCAACUACAGUCCCCCUGUGCUCAAUGGAGCAAACAAUCCAAGAGGGCAGCAAGAUCAUAAAAUAAGAUUUCUCAGAAUGCAUUUGGACAGAAAAUAGUGAAGAGAUGAAAAACAAUGGAAGAUUUUUGGAACUAGGUGUACCAAAAAUCCUCCUUUCUGGAAGCGUUCCUCUGGGAAGGAAGGGAGCUGCUGUGUUACUGCCCUGAUUUCGUCUGACUGGAAUAUGGACAUCUCCAACGCAGAUAUGUGAUGAUGAGGAGCUCUUGCUCUGGGCUCCCUUCAGAGUAGGGUGUGAUUUAUCUUUUCUUAUGGACAAGAAGAAAUGUGCUCCUGACUGGAGUAUUAUAAACUGAGUAUAGAUGGAGCCCAAGGGGAUUGCCUCAGAUGAACUCCAUCCCUCAAGAUGUAAUAAUUUUUCAGGUUUUAAGAAAGAGUUGAAGAUUAAUGAAUAAGGCUUGGAAACUGAUAAUGUUUUAUGGUUUAUCUUGAAAGAUUAAUGAGGGUGGGAGGGAGCCCUGUACUCUGAUCCUCUUUUUAAAACAGCCUGCAAAGCCUUUAAGGCUGCAUUCUUACUGAUUACAAAGAAUAGAUUAAUUGAACCUUAAAUUUUAUUAUAACAGAAUCCCAUUGAGCCAGGUCUUCCUUGCUCAUUAUCUGUAAUUACUUCUACACACAUUUUUCUGUAAAGUCCAUUGUCUGCCAUCUGUUUAAAAUUGAACUAACUCAAGAUUCACCUGUGCCAAGAAGUACAACACUUGGACCACAUUACUGAAGCAUUGCCUCUGCAGGGCAAUCCCACCAAGCUGGAGCACUGCAUCGCUAAGCUGCUGCCACCAGCUUUGCUCUUGAGGUUUCCUGUGGCUUCCUUCAAUAAAAAGGCAAUGAAAAUACUCAUUUAGAUCUACCUCUUCAGCAGAAAAGCAACCAACCAAACCUCCGUCUAUUUCUGCAUCGAGAAACGGCUCACAUAUUUUAAUUUGAUGACAAAAGACACGAAGCAAUUUGCCUUCAGGCAUCACGUAUCUUUUGGAAUCGAAUGAUCAGACAAACCAAUACAAAACGUUAUGCAGCGAUGCAGAAACCUUUGCACAGACCUGUGCAGAAGCAUAUCCUGUUGUAGGAGCCUACAUCUAGCUUGUUGAUUGUGUUUUCCUUCUCAUUGUUUCCCGAUUUCAUUUUCACUGCCCGAUGAACGUGACUUCCUGAGGUGAACAAAGCAACUGUUUGCGAAUAGCGCAGUACAAGACACUGGCACUGGGCCUCUGUGUAUAUCUUAAAAUCAUCCUCUUCCCUUCUGUGCUAUGAAAGACACACCCUCUCACCCUCUGCUGAGACAUGACGCCUUAGCUUACAACAGACAUCACCUAUUGUAAAUCUGAGCAGAAGUGCUAUUUUGGUAAAGUGUCAGGAAUAUUGCCCUUGUGCAAAAUGUACAGUUAACUUUGUUUUGUACAGAAUGUCGCCUACAA